AUGGAUCUCCGGGGCAUGCUGAACGAUAACGUCCCUUCCGCAGGGGCCCCGAGCAAACCGCCGCCGCCGCAACAACAUGCGCAGCAACCCGCGCCCCCGUCGACUCCGGUGCAGGCAAAUCCACAACAAGCUUUUCGCGACUACAGCCAGACUCAACCGUCUCCCGGACGGCACAUGUCCCACGACUAUGGCGCGCACCAUAUGUCGUCUGGCCCGUUCGCAUCCCCGCCCCCUUUUCAGGCCGCACCUCCGAAUUCCUACGCCAACCGGCCGCCGCCGCCGCAGCUCCAACAAAUCCCGUCGAACGAUCUCCGAUCGCCGAGUCUCGGCCCUGGACCGGUAGCCUCUCCAUACCGACAAACCCCAGCUGCCUCACUGGGCAGCGCCGGUGGCUAUCCCUUCCCGCCACAACAAAAUCCCACGAGCCCCGUGCAGCGACACCAGUACCCACCAAGCGCCGCAUACCACCGAGACAGCUAUCCCCAGCCCGUGACCGCCGUGGGUAUGACAGGCCCGCCGGCCGCCGGGCCGUACAUGCAAGGGUCUCACAUCCCCCAAACUCCACCGAUCGCGACCCCGGGCACAGGGCAUUCCUUUUUGCAUCGGGCUCAAUCAAUGCAGUCCACACCAACGCCAACCUCGGCCCACAGCCAAUCUGCACAGUACGGCGCGCCUUUCGCCCAGGGGAGUCCCGUGGCAGCACCGCGUCCUCUUCAACAAGCGGACCCCUACCAACGCCAAUCUUCACAACCACCGACCCCCGGGGGAACGGUCCCAUUGUCCGCUCGCCCAGUGCAAGUCGUCGGCGGUUACGGGCCGCCAAGCCCAUACCAACAGCGCUUGCCGGGGCCGGGAAUCCAUCCGACUUCACAAACGUCGCCGCCGCCGCCGCCUCCGCCCUCACUUCCCAGGCAUUCGAGCGUUCACAGCAUCCAGGACUCGCGUAGUCAGGAUUCAGCCCGGACGCAGCAACCCCAGAGCGACAGGGAGCGAAGCGUUAGCGUGAGUCCAAAAACACGAGUCCCCAGUUUGCCAAGCAGCUCUGGUCGCCCCGGCACCUCGGUUUCCGAACUCGAACCCUACUCCAACCAAAUCCCUUCCGCUCCAACGAUGGCAGAACGCGCCGCCACACCAGCCAAACGGAAACUCGACGACAGGGAACUACGACCAGACGAGCUAGAAAAACGAGAAACACGACCGCCUCCGUUUGAAGAACAAAACGGACGUCCGACCCACUCCGAUCCCGGCGCCCCGAUGCAACGCCCAAUCAUGGCGAUGAAGGCGAUGAAAAGAAGGGUGUCGCACCGGGCCGUCCCGAGGUGGGCAGAGUCGCUCAUGGAUCGGGCGCCGGCCCAUCCCAACCGCGUUCUUUAUCAACCGGUCCCGCAUUCUGGACCCCAGGUCAACGGCAAACCCGAUCGUCAACCAGACCAGCCGGCCCGACCCGAACGCUUGCAAAGUCGACAUACCUCGCCGGAAGAGAAACGCACGGCGGCGCCCACCACACCAGCCGCGAGCGUUCCGCCGGAUGCCGGAAACCAAUGGGGUCUACUGGGGCCAUGGGAAGCCAGCAUCACCAACUCAGUCCCGCAGGAGCAAUUCACUAAGCAAGUCGCCGACUUUUUAUUCCAAUACGUCAUCCUCAACGAAGACAUGGGUGAAAUCCAAAGCCGCGGCGUCAAGUUCGAGGUCGAAGCUAAACUCGGCAUGCUCAUCGACAAGAGCACUAAUCAGCGAGUGGAGCUCCCCGUGCAGUCCGAGUGCGUACUGAACGACAACGGCAACUGGCUCGGGUUCCGGUCUAGCAUGACCGAGAUCCAACACAGGUCCUUCAACGAAUUCCUCAAUUUCCUCGUGCAGCAGACACACCCGGCGAAUAAAGCUGCCAGCGCGGCGCUACCCCGGCCACGCCUGCCCAUUGAGUACCGCCACCGCCGCGAGGUCGACAAGUUCUUUGAGCUACCCGUCUCGGUCCGCGACCGCCUCCUGCCUGUGUGUGUUGCUAAACCCAUCGCCGCCAAGGGCCACGGCGUCAAGGUACGGGUCUCGUACGACCAGAAGACCAACAAGAUCCUCGACAAGAUCAUCAAGGCACGCAUUGCCGACCUGAGUAUCCACUUUCCCGACCUGCCUCUCGACUGCCGCAUCAGCAUCAACCUGGAGAUGGACUGGGACGGUUCGAUCGAGGACCUGGAGAAGAUGGCGGGCUCGACAGGGCGCCCGCCUAUCCCGGCGCGGAUGAAGGACCGGUUGAGCUACAAGCACGGGUGCUAUCAGGUCGAUCUGACCCAGGUUACUCAGAGUGUGGCGGGGGUUACCAAUACCCAACGCACGGAGAAAGAGCAUGAGCUCGAGGUAGAAAUCGACCCGACUCCCGUCAUUGAGCAGGGGCGCAGGGCUAUGGAGGGCCAGCCGCAUCAGUAUGUGGAGGUGGUGGACGGGCUGGUCAAUAAUAUCAGGAUAUUGGCGCGGAAGGCCAAGGAGUUUGCCGGGUAG